AUGUCUCGAACAUUACCUGUUCAAAACUUGCCUAUUGGGGCCGAUGAAUCCUCAGCGCCCCUUCAACAGGACCAAGAGACUAUUCCCAGAAGCGUCGGAUACCGCCCCGAGAACCAAUGCGAAUACAACAAUGCUGAGAAAUUUACCCGGGAUUCAAAGUUUCGUGAGGAUCCUCUGUUCUUAAAUAUCCUUUCGGAGAUGGAUGACGUACAAAUCGCCGGCCAAAAACGGGAAAUACUGAAUGGACAUGGCGAGAGCGAAAAUUUUACAAAGUACGAGUAUGACAUGAACGAGGAUAUCAACAAUGGAGAUACUAGUCUCAAUGGGUAUGCGGUCAACGCAAGCCUACCCAGCCCAAGAGAGUGCAUCGAAACCAAAAAGGGAGUCGACCUUAGAAUUCAAUCUGCCAUUGACACUAUAACAUAUUACACUGAAUCUCCCACGUUCGCAACACAAUCCGCUUCCGAUGCCAAUGUCGACGAAAGUUAUUAG